AUGCCUCUAUUUUCUUCCAAUAAUACGUUCGAUGCCGACGUAGAUAAGGUUACCAAUGAAACCAAUACUUCUGAAGAUUGGUCUCUGAUUAUGGAAAUUUGUGAUCGUGUUGGCCGUACUGCAAAUGGACCAAAAGAAUGCCUUAAAUCGAUCAUGAAAAGAGUUAAUCAUAAAAUUCCUCACGUUGCUAUACAAGCAUUAACGCUUCUUGAUGCUUGUAUGAACAACUGUGGCCAAAUAUUCCAUUUGGAAAUUUGUACUAGGCCAUUGUCAUUGGAAAUACGAAAUAUCAUACAAAAACAUUCCAAUGCUGCUGUUGGCAACAAGAUGAAAGAACUAUUACAGAAAUGGGCUCAUAUGCUUAAAGAUGAUCCUAAAGUGACGUUAAUACCAACACUUUACAAUAGCUUAAAGAAUGAAGGUGUUGAGUUUCCUGCUUUUACACCUGAAAUUGUACCUGGGGGAGCAGCCUCUUCCAAUCCUACUGAAUCGCCGAACUUCACUUCUACAUCAAACAAGAAUCAACCUAGUAGCGAUAGAGCUGCACUACAAGAGGACGAAGAUCUUGCUAGAGCAAUUGAAAUGUCUUUAAGAGAUGCAGAUAAAACUGGUGCAUCCCAUUCUUCUCAUUCUACGACGGUUAAUACUAGUACUCCUGCAACUUAUUCUCAGACUUCGACAUCAAGUAUUUACCCUGUAGUUAAACCACCUUCUCCUAAGUCACUUAGGAAGGAACUUGAACGACGUAAAGUUCUUGCAUUAUACGAUUUCGAGGCCGCUGAAGAUAACGAGUUAACUUUUAAAGCUGGUGACAUCAUUUCUAUCAUUGAUGAUAGCGACCCCAACUGGUGGAAGGGAGAGACUCCACAUGGGUCUGGACUAUUUCCGUCAAAUUUUGUUACUUCCGAUCUCAAUGAACCAGAACCGUCAAUGGACGAAUAUAAAGAAGUUCAAAUUGACGAAGAAAAAAUAGAUAUCACACUUGAGAUAUUUGGAAAGGCUGAUAUAACUGUAAAUGCAGAUACUCAAGAACUUAUUGACUUAGAAGAUACGUGUAAUCGAAUGAAUUAUCAAGUGACUAACAAAUUAGAGCGCCUGGAAACUAAAGAUCAAGAAGUAAAUACUUUAAAAAAUCAAUUUGAAGAAACUCUUGCUCUUUAUCAAAAAUUGAUGCAAGAGCGGCCGCGAUAUAGUUCUAUCUACGCAGCUUAUUCUGCAGCAGGCUUACAACCUGAGAUGUCACAGCAGCACUUCCAAUCCAACCGUUUGCAAGAUAAUCAAAGGAUGGCACCAAUCCAGCAACCUCUACCUCAACAAUCUUCACCUCAGCAACUUGUACCUCAGCAACCUUUACCUCAGCAAUCCAUACCUCAACAACAAGUACCUCAACAACAAGUACCUCAACAACAAGUACCUCAGCAACCUGUACCUCAGCAGCCUGUACCGCAACAGCAUAUGAUUCCGCAGCAACCUAAUACUCUUGGCUACCAACAACAGCCUACAGGUCCACAAAAUUUUUCGCCGGAACAGCACCCAAUGAUGCAGGGAUUGAAUCAACAGCCGCAAACUGUUCAAUCGCAACAGAACAUGUACAAUCCAGUAAAUCAGUCAUCUGGGACGUCUAAUGAAUUUCCAGUGCAACAAUCACAAUACUAUCACCAACAGCAACCUAUCGAUCCAAAAGGGGUAUAUUCUACGUCUCAAGGAGGCACAACCCAACAACAGCCACUACCUCAAAUGAACGCACAACCUCAAUAUAACAUGUAUCCACAAGCAGCAAAUCAAUUUAAUUCGAAGGAAAAGUGUUUGAAAUUGACCCGUUUUAGUUGCUUACAGGAAUGGCAUGUCACUUAA